UCAGGACGACAGAAAAUGUCAGUGUCGUAAAAUUUUGUGCGAGGAAAGUGAAAAUUUUCGGUGCACUCUCAAUACUCUUCUGUACUUUAGUUAUCCAAUUUUGUUCUCAACAAGUGUGCAAAUCCUAUGAAUCUGGAAGGCCAUCAUUGAAUACAUUGAUUAGGCCAUCCCGGGCGCCUACCCCUCGGAAGAAAUUUGGUGCUGGGAGUUCUCUGCAGAAAGUCAUUACUGGUGUAAUAAAAGUUAGCUCCCGCAAACUAUGUUCAAAAGUCGUAGCGAAGGAAAUGUUGUUUAUAAGUGCACGGUUCGAUUGCUGGAGGAUUUGGAUGUGUUGGAGUGCGAAUUUCAGCCACACCACAAGGGCAACUUUCUACUGGACUAUGUGUGCGAACAAUUGGAAAUCACCGAGAAGGACUAUUUCGGGCUCCGUUUCGUGGACUCCAGCAAGCAGAGGCACUGGCUGGACCUGGCAAAAACGAUUAUCAAACAAGUAAAAGAUGUGGAGCCCCUCAUACUAUCCUUCCGCGUAAAAUUUUACCCUGCCGAUCCCUGUCGGCUAACGGGUAACGGCAAAGUGAUGCUAUUUCAGCAAUUAAAGCGGGAUCUUCGACAUGGACGGUUGUACUGUUCAAUUGGAGAAGCCGCGGCGCUCGGGGCACUCAUCGUGCAGGAUGAGCUGGGUGAUUUCGACACCGAGACACACCACGGGGAAUACGUUUCAUCAAUGAAAAUUGCUUUACGGCAAUCGGAGCAGUUGGAGAAGAAAGUAAUGGAGCUGCAUAGAAAACGUGAACCUGGUCAGGAUGCGGUAGCUGUUCUAGAUGAAUUCGUUGGGAUCGCAAGGAGCUUGGAAACUUAUGGUAUCGAUCCUCACCCUGUGAAAGACCAUCGAGGUACUCAGUUGUAUUUGGGUAUUAACUUUUCCGGCAUCAGUACCUUUGCUGCAGGACGGAGAGCACAGCAUUUUCGAUGGCCAGAAGUGCACAAGAUCAAUUUCGAGGGCAAGAUGUUUAUCGUUCAUCUUGCGUACACGGACGAUCGGCGAGAAGUGAAAAAGCAUACGGUUGGAUUCAAAUGUCCCUCUGGAUCUGCGUGUCGAUACGUCUGGCGAUGUGCCAUAGAACAAAUGUUAUUCUUUACUCUUCCAACAAGCCAACAUGCGGCGGUAAUGUCCGGCGGAGGGUUCUUCUCCUGGGGUACCAAAUUCAAAUACUCUGGACGAACGGAGAGAGAAAUUCUGUCGGAAUCGUUGAAUGCCCUACGUCAGCAGAAAAUGAACACCAGUCCCAGCAAGAGGAAAGCACAAAGUGUCCCGGCAACACCUUCAAGCCCUCAAGGUGAUUUGGCCGAAAUCCGUAAGUUACGAUAUAGCAGCCUUCCACGAUCUACAAUGUCAGAACCGCUGGGUGGUUGCAACGAUCAUAUGGCUUCGUCUGUUUACUGCACCGAUAACCCACUGCCAACGCUGGAAACUGUCUCGGAGGAAGCACGAAAAACCAAUGGUGAAAGUAAUGACCAUCUGUCCGAUUACUAUUUCCGUGAUUCGUUUGACCAUUCGUCAUCCGAGUCCGGUUUUGCCACUAAUACGAUUGAAAACCGACUCGGGUCUCAUCUGCACCACCGCCAAACCUACACUUCCGAUCAUAUUUCGUCACUGGCAAUGCAUAGUAUGGCGAACAAUUCAGCCAUUAUCCAGCAGCAGAACGCGAGUAACAGCGCGAAAAAUGUGAAAAAGUUCUCCAUUAUCCAAGCCUUUGUGCCAUCGUUCAUUUUUGUCGUUGUGAUGCUGGCCGUAUCGGCCGUAUACAUACUUGAAUCUGAUUCCGAAAUGUUCAGCUCGAUGAAGAACUGGCCGGAGAUGAUUUGUCUGCGUUACCAGUAUUACCAGCCACUGAAGGAAUUUCUGGCGAAAAAGUUCGGUGCUAUAUUCUGAUUCGCUUUGUUACGAACUAGUUGCGAUAGAGGGGAGGAUGGGUUUGAUAACGGCUCCAACGAUCGCCAAUACCCGAGUUACUCGGAGGGUAGGGACGCGGUGGGGAAUGAUAGUUAUAUGACAAUUACACUUACGCUACCUGUAACGAGGCAAAUCUAAAAAAAAUGAUGGGAAAAUCGAACCGUUGAGUAUUGGGCUCAGACAUUUUUCACAUGGCUGAAGGCAAUUGGAAGUAUGUCGGGAUCAUUUUGUCGGCGUUCAAGCUGUCUGAAAGAUAGAUAUUCUUGCAAACUUCGUUCUGAAAACUUGGAACAACGGCCCAAUGCAAUUUGCGAGUCACUAUCACUUAUUCACAUAUACUGCAAUUUUGUUGUUGCUUUGUCUUCGGUUGACAUCGUUUCAUUGAACAAAACGCACAUGCAAUGCAUAAAGCGGAAUAAUGCACAGCUUUUAAAUUGCAAACAUUUACAGUUUCCACUUAUUUUGUUUGUUGAGUUCGUGAUCCGUCGAUUAUAGUCAUUAGUGAAAAUCUCAGUACUAGAAAAGAUCUCACUACUGUCACUGGUUACAGUCUAAAAUAAAAUCUCCUACAAAGAACUAAGGUAAAUAUACUAAGCGCCGAGAGCAUUAUAUUGCACUCUUAUGUAUGUAACCUUCGUAGCAAGGAGCCUAUAGAAUCAGGAUCAGAAUAUAUUGGCAAAUGGCACGUUCCCCGUAUGUAGUCGGGGAUUUGUGCCUUGCCGUGUGUUUUUAUCAUUUCUUGAGCGUAAAGAAAGGAGAAGGAGGAGGGCGGAAGUAGAAUUGGAAGGGUGGGAAAAAUAACAGCAAAAAAUCAAACAGCAGGUAAGUUCAACUCACAAGUAGUUCAACUCGCCUGCGAGUAAGCUUAAAGCUCCCUACCGCAUUGGAUAAGAAACUUUAGUAUUUCUCUGAGUUUCAGUCGUCUCAACAUGGUGUCGUCUAUGUAAGGACGGCCGAAAACUCGAAAUCGCAAUUGCGCUACUACUGGGCAGUUACAUAUCAGAUGAUAUGAGGUUCCGUAGUCGAAUUCACAAAGAUCACAUGAAAAAGACUCAGCGCGUUUGAGUUUGCAGUGGCCGGUUAAAACCCUGAUCAGCAUUCCGCAAUGGAGCUUCUAAAAAUGUAGAUUUUUCGAACUCACUGGGCACGGUUGUUCUAGAAACGCCUUUGUUUGGUAACACGUUUGUGAAUUUCUUUAAUAAUUGCGGUGCUCGGACGAAGCCCAGGACCGUAUUUUUUCUCUUAUGCAACUUGUGAAAAUUGGCAGGGCAGAUUCAGGACCAACGAAGUCAACCUGCCCUGGACAAUUCGUCAGCCCAUUCAUUUCCAGUAAUACCGUAACGUUCGGGCAUCCAGACAAGGUAGAUAAGGUUGACAAUGCUUUGUUAUUCGAUUUGGGUUCGGCACGCAACCACUAGCUUGGACCGUGAUUUGUCUGAGCUGAGCGGAGCAGAAGUUUAUAACUUUGCCGGACAAGCUAUUGUUGAGGGCCUAUUGUACCCCGCACAUAAUCGCGAAGAUUUCUGCUUGGAAUACAGUACAAUAUUUACCUAGCGAGUGAGAUUGUUCCAAUCUCAUUUCACGACAGUAGACACCAGCACCAGCACGUCACUCCAUCAGAGCACCGUCAGUGUAACAGACCACUUCGUUGUUUUCUUUCCAUAUAGCCAGACAACCUGUCCUGAAUGUCCUGUAAGGAAAACUACAUGUGAGCGUAAUAUCACUGGAAACAAUAAUAUCUUCACCCCAUGUAACCAUUUGUGACCAUAAUCGUGUAUCACUGGUAGCAAGAUCAACAUGGUUACUGUUCCAAAGCCCAGCAACCUUCAGUCUGUAUGCACAUGAUAGUGCUUCUUGUUUGAGGUUUAUGUGUAAUGGUUUGAUAUUUAGAAGUGCCUCAAGAACAGCAGUCGGAGUCGUGGUGAAAGCACCAGUCAACGCCAUGAGCGCCAUUCUUUGCAGAUGGUUUAGCUUUGACUGGACCGUCAUCACCUCUCCCCUCUGCCAGCACACAAGGCAUCUGCGUGAUAGUGUUGGACGUACAAUUGUCAUUCAAAUCCAGUAGAUAUAUUUAGGUUUAAGACCCCAGGUCAUUCCUAAAUUUCGUCUGCACUUCCCGAAGGCCAUAAAUGCUUUCUUUAUUCUUUACUCAAUGUGAGCAGACCAGACGGCGCCGUUUGUUGAGUGGUAAGCGUGACCGCCAUUUAUUCCAGUAUGUCUGCGUUCAAUCCCAGCCGUGGUCAUUGAUAUUUUUCUGAGGUAAAAAAUCUGUGGUCACGUCUUCCUUCGGAAGGGAAGUAAAGCCGUUGGUUCGCAGUCCAUGAGUUGAUGGAUCGAUAUCUAUCACCUCUCUGGUGUUGGUAUUGAUCAAUAAACACAUUAGGAUUACCAGGAAUUGCACAUUGAAAGAUGUUUCGCUACUCCCAAGCAUAUUUGUCUACUGAUUCCCUGUGCAACUUCAGCUAGUCGAUAACGGAGUAGCAGCCAAAGGUGGUCGUCCAAGCUCAAGCUCAAGCUCUGAACUCAAUCUGAGCAGGCCAAUUAAGUUUGAAAUCCAAUAUAACUCCAACGUAUUUGACUUGAUCUGCACACAGUAGCUCAGAAUCAAAGAACUGCAAGGGACGAACCCCGGGUGUUAUUCGCUUCUUCGUGAAAAGAACCAUCAAAGUUUUGUUUUGUUUUAACUGAUAAUUUAACUUGUCGACACAACUGUUCGACAGCUCUUAAUGCUUGUUGCAUUAAGUCAAAGAUUGUUCCGAUGCAAAGUCCAGUAAUUAGUAUUUGGUAAACGUCAACAAACCCGUAAGUUGGAAAUCCAAGCUCAUUGAUUUUCUUCGACAAGCCGUCGGCAACCAAGUUUCAUAACAAAAGGUGACAACGCCACCCUGAGGACAACCGCAAAUACUCAACUUCCGUAUCUCAGCCUGUCGCAAUGACGAGCAAAGAAUGCGGUCACUAAGAAUUGCGUUUAUCCAACCCGAGAUACAUGCAGAUACCCCAUGACCGCGUGUCGCUUCCAGAAUAGCCUGGAAGGACAAUUGUCAAAAGCACCUUCAAUAUCUAGAAAUACACCCAAACUAGAUUGCUUGAGCGAGAAGGCCUUCUCAAUGCUGUAAAAAAUGUCAUGAAGCAGAGUGAUCGUGGAUUUCCACACUGAUAUGCAUGUUGCAUUCUAUGCAGUGGAUAUUCAAUUAAACUAACGUUCCUGAUGUGAUGAUUGAUUAUCCGUUGCAAAGCUUUCAGAAGAAAAGAACUUAAGCUGAUAGGCCUAAAAUUCUUGAUUUCUUCAUAGCUUGAGCCCCCCCCUUUGGGAAUAAAUCUAACAGUUAUUUCUCGCCAUGCUUUCGGGAUAUACCCGGUAGCAAGACUGGAAAGCAUAAUCUUUUUCAAGACAUAUUUAAGAAUAUCGAAUCCCUUUUGCAGUAGCACGGGAAGUACUCCAUCUUUCCUGACGAUUUGUAUGGAGCAAAGCUGUCAACAGCCCAUUUGACCGAUUCAAUGGUAACUAAUGUGCGUGAUAACGUGCAAGAGUCUGAAUCACCUGAAUGAGAUCUGUGAACAUUGUUCAGCUCCGGAGCGAUACAACUUGAAAAGUGUGCGUCGAAGAUACAGUUAAGGACAUUAUUUUCGUCCGUCACAUAAUCACCAUCUCUGGUUUUAAAAAGUUCAUCUGAAAAUCUUUCGAUUUCAAGAGAAUUUCAUUUAACCUGCUGGCCUCGUUCAGACUAGAGACAUUAGUGCAUAGGUUUUUCCAGCCAGCCCGUUCUGCAGAUUCAAGUCAUUUCUUAUAUGCACUACGAGCUGACCUGAAAGCCCUGGAGUCAUCACGCUGACGCCGAUUCCAAGCUCUUCUCAUAUCCUUCUUCAUUCUUUCAAGCUCAGCCCUCCACCAAGGGGUUCCCCUAGUCGAUUUAACAGUACGUGUCCUUCGUAGGAUGCUAAUAUGAAUGAGUUUGUCGAAUCCACGACGUCAUCUAAAUCGUCAUUGUCCGCCAUGGUUUUAAAACCAUUUCUCAUGUUUCCUUUCGGUAUGACGAGCAAAAAGGAAAAAUUUUGAAAUAAAAUGUUCUGUUUAAAACCGUAGUUAACUCUCUUCUAAUGCAUUGUAAUGAAUAUCCUUAAUGGAUUUUCGUUCUCAUAUGAUAUGAAUGUUUUACAAAAUUUACCUUCAGUUAGUCUCGAACUGUACCUUGCCUCGUCAUUCACGGUAAGUGCGCUGCGUUUGCUGCCUGUUCGAUUGAAAUGAAAUAUGCCGCAUAGCAUUGCCCACAGCAUUGGAAUAGCAUUAUAUACGCUUUCUAUUUGCUCUAUAAUGGCUUUAAAUGCACGUGUAAAGCUUACAUGCUUUAAAUAUCCUUGAAGCAUGUACGCGUUAUAUCAGCUUUAUAUACGCAUAUAGAGCAAGCGAUAAUGCUAUAUGUCGGUUGUGUAGUUAUGCACUAUUGAUGCUAAUAUAGAACUUUAUUGUAUUGUUAAUGCUGUAAUGGAAUUUCAAUGUAAAUGUAUAGCCAAUAUAGUGCAAUGGCUUUAUGUUUAUGGUUACUUGGGUGUGUCAGAGAUUCGCUUAAUACAGUAAGGGUAAAAACCCAAAAUGCUCCUUGCGCGACUGGCAUAUUUUAGACGCUCCAGUCAUCAAGUCCUCGGCACGGAACUACACCUUGACUUAGGGACUCUUACUGUCAGUCGCCUCCUACGACAUGGGAGCAAGAACGCAGUGGCUCAAUUCUUGGCCGGAUACUACACGGCCUAUCCUUGGACUUUUUUGCAUAAGAAACAAUACUUACAAUCAACGCCAUUUAGCCUGCUUCCGAGAUGUGGAAUAAAGUUGAACUAAAAACCUUUAUUUAGGGAGAAUUGGAGUAAAACGGAUUAAAACAUUUUAUGCAGACAAUCUUACUAUGUUUUAUAGACUCCUUCGAUUUUUUGCAUAAGAAACACUAACUAUAGUAGCCCGCAUUCAGAUUUCUUCCAAGUUAUAGGAUGAUGAGCCCAUUUUCGCCAUGUUUCUAUUAUCACCCUACCCAUUUGAAGCCGUUGGUUAGAGCAGUGUCUGCCAUCUUUGUUCAACGCAUUGAGUCAAAUGGUAGCGCAACAAUAGGGGCAAUCGACUCGAGUUUUUGUUGCGCUCAAAGACAAAAGUUUCACUGUUUUCACCACAUUUGUGUUAUUAUAUUGGUUCUUAACAACGAAGCAAAGCUGUGGAUGUAAAUUUUUAGGCAUUUCAUUGAUUGUAGGCCAAGCAAUUAAUGAAUUAGUGAGGCACGCUGCUUAGUAUGGUGAAAAUAGGCACUUUACCCUAUAGCCAGUAAUAAUAGUAAAACAAAAAAUCGGUCUGGGGCAAAACGAGCAUGUGCGUUGGUUAGAACAGCGUUUGCCAUCUUUGUUCAACGCAUUGGUAGGGCAAUAAUUGGAGAACUCGAUUCGAGUUGUCGUCACGCUCAAACACAAGCAUCGUUUUCAUUGAAGUUGUGCUAUUAUGUUGGUUCUUAAAAACGAUGCAAAGAUGUUGAUGCAAAUUAUUACGUAUUCCAUCGAUUAUAGGCCGAGUAAUCAAUGAAAUAAUGCGGCACUAUCCCUAAUAGAGGCAAAACGAGCUCAUUAUUAUAUUAGAGGUAGCCUGAUUUUUUUUUCAAAUGGGUGCACUUCCAAGAUUUCUCAAAUAAAGAAAUUCUUGGAACACCAUUCUUGGAUAAUCUUUGUUCCGUCGUAAGAGGCGUUAUCGACCUGAAACAUCCAACUGCGUUUAUUGAACAUAACAGAAGCAUGCUACUUCAAAUACCGUAUGCGUGGUAAAGUCUGCUGUAUGGGUUUGCUCAAUGAUUUCAAAAACUUUUCCUGCAUAUUCUGAAUCAACCAUCACAACCUUGGAAGCAACUGGAUUACCUGCACUGCGUUGACCGAUCUGAAUUGCAUACGAUAUUCAGCAACAUGAACAUUUUUCCCAUAGAUAUAAACAUUUAGGCUAGAAUAUAAUAGAUUUAAAAAUCUGUGUAUAAUUUCAAGUACAGACACUGUAUAUAACAGACUAGCGGAGAGAAAAACAGUAAAACUAGCAACCAUGAAUGUAAACUGGCAUCACGGUAGCUCCCAUAAGCUUUGCAUGGGCUUCCUCUUGUACUUCCUCCCUCAAAACCAUCUUGCUCGUUUGGCUGCACUUUUUGACAGUCCAUUUGGCUGCAAUUUUUGACACUUCGCUAGUCUGUGUAUAAAGUGUCUGUAGUUUCAAGCCAAUAUACGUUUAAAAUCAGUGAAUUACUACAGCCAUCUAUUCAAUUGCUGGCUACACUUAGCAUGACAAUUUUAUUCCGGCUGCAUAGCAUCGAUCGCUGCACUAUGUGUGCUGAACAAGUUUUAGUCGCUCGCUUUAUUCGAAAUGGCAGAUGUGGGCUUACUCACGUUUUAAUUCUAAGCCAAAACGUCUGUUAUCUGUGGUUUCCCUAAGAUUUAGAGUUUUUUAUUCUUUUGUAACACUCACUCCUCGCUUGCUUUUAAUACGACACCUAGCGUGCGAUGGAACCCUCCAGCUAGCCAAUGAAAUAGCUUUUUGAAACCAUUGUCUAUGGUCAUUGAUAAAUCGAUUUCUUUUGAGAACAGAAUUUAUUCAUUUUUUUUUCUACUGUGUUUUAAAAGGACUCGUAGUGAAGCUCUCUAGUGCGUAGUGCAAUAAAAUCAUAAUUUUGUUUUCCAGAUAAAUGCACUGAAUAAAUUCUAUUAUUUACAAAAAGAGUAUGCUUUAUGCAAGCUUGAACUUCGCACGGUAAUGUAGUGAAAAGAGGAAACAUGUAAGAAAUUUCUAAUUUUUAAAUGGCUCAAUUUCACAAGGGCGCAAUUAAGUGCAUGUUUUUUUCACAGAUCUGAUAGUAUUUGGAUUUCUAUAUGAUUUAUGCUAACAAGUAAUCACGAUUCGGUUGUGUCCUUGACAUUACCCACUUCUACACACUUAACUCAAUUCGUUAAUUUCAAUACAUCCGAAUAAUCAGCAAAUGUUUUCAGUAAUAUAUAUGACAAUAUUUUUCUGAUUUUCAUCGAUAUAUUUUUCAAAUUUCAGCAAAAUACCUGUCACUUGUUCCGAGAUCUCGGCAAAAACUGUGCAGAACUCGCUAAAAGAUACAAAAAGCUGACGUUCAGUUAAAACAUAUUAAGUGUGUAGAUUAACGAUAGUAUUUAGCGUUUCGGAUUCUCCUCAUCAGUAACUAGCACUACCUUAGUACCAGUUAGAUUCUAAAUAUAAACUAGCAGUAAAAUUGGCACUAGUUAGGCGCUAAAUCCACGUACGUCUGGCUUGUCCUGAGUGAUCUCUCGGGAGUCAAGCGCCGAAGUUUGGAAAAGCGGAAUUCGAAACAGUCAUUUGGUUUCAGUACCAAACGCCUGGAAUUAUGCAUUAAAAAACUUCCGAGACAUCACUCUGAACAAGCAAGUCGUUUAUACUCAUGCACUAUACUUUUUAGAUUGAGCGUCCUAAAUAGUGCCAAUGUUGGUGCUAGUUCAGAUUUAACAUCUAACUUGUUCCAAGAUGGUGCUUGAUACUGAUGAGGAGAAUCUGAGGUGCGAACUUUAAGUUCGCACUUAAAAACUAAUUAACACAAAAAAAAAGUUUUUUGUCUGAGUAUGUACAUGUAAGUGUUUUCCAAUACGAUCAUCCAACUCAGCGAAUUGUGUACUUUUUUGUUGAAAAUUCAAACCAGAUCAGAAGGGCAUAACUGAUUUAUAACACCUGGAAUUAUUUAUUUCAAAAAUAUUUUGAAACAGAACCUGUUAUAAAUCCGGCUGGUUAGUUGUUAAAAUAUGAUAAAAUAAAACAAAAAACUGGCUAAUGAUAAAAUUGUAACAAAAUUUGAUGAUUUUAUCAAAGUUAAAACUAAAUGGAAUAUAUUUUUUUCCAAAAGUAGAAACGUCCUCUGUUACAGAACUGUAUUAGAUAUAACCAUCUAAUGACAACGACCUAGUAACAAACGAUCAAUUCAUAAAUCCUCGACAAACGUAUGAUUACGGCUUAAAAGCCAACUGUCAAAAUUGUUUUUGGAAGGAAAUUUCGGUCAAACCGUUACUGGCCAAGCACAGUUUACAGCAGUUAAUGAAAGAGACAACUUUUAUCCUUUGUUUACUACGAGCAUCUGUGAUUGGUGAGUAACGGUUUGUUCGGAAUUUUCUUUCAAAGAGAAUUUUAACAGUUGGCUUUUAAGCCGUAAUCAUAUGUUUGUCGAGAAUUGAUCGUUUCAUAAUAGAUUAUGUUAUAAUAUUGAUAGUAUAGAAAACAGUCCGCAAUCCAUUCCGCAUUCCGUUAUCUGAACAUAACUUCAGCUGUUAUAAAUAUCAACCAUAGUUAUAAUAGUAUUAUUGUUUUGUUAUGCUCUUCUGAUCGGGAAGCUAUCCUUUAUAAUUUAGAAUAUCUCAACAACAGACUACUUAUUGAGGCCGAAGUUCUAGUUUGACUGAUUUUGUAUACGCCGGCAUGCCUCUCGACUACAUCAAUUCAUAAGGUCACGCAUAUCUAAUCCUUGCCAUUGCUCAGUUCCUUAACAACGAAGCGAAGAUAUUAUUAUGUAUAUAGCCCAUUAGAUCAGCAAAAGUGUACUGACCUUUUACUCUAUGAAGAAGUUUGACAGAUAUUGAAAGGGUAAAAGUACGAAACAAAAAUCAGUCUCCACUCAAAUACAUUGUUCGGCUAUCGGUUCGGUUCAGUGGAAUACAUUGUUCGGCUAUCAACGUUUUUUGUCUGGUUUAUAAAAAAAUACAGAUUGAGCACUCAGUCCACAUCUCCAGAAUCACCUAGCCGACAGAAUGCUGUAACAUAUGACAGGCGAAAGGAGCAAAACCGACAGUUGAAGUACCAUUCAUGAGAGACAUAAUCGCACAGUCUGGUAAUACGCCAAAAUUAAGAAAACCAAACCAAUUUCUAGAGUUAGUAAGCUACCGCAUCGGUGGUAGGGCUUUUUUAUUUAUUGUGGAAUCAAGAGAUAAGCGGUCCGUUCCUUCUCAAAUCUAUAAAUAACAGCAUUAUGAAUGGAAGGCUGACAACAGUUAUAAAUUUGCUUGAGCUUUGGAUAUUUGUACUAGAAUCAACAAAGAAACAUGCACAAAUGUACAAUUGCACUCGGAAACAAUAGGCUAAAUUGGGCAUUUAAUAGAGAUUCGACAACAAUGAAAUCGAAACAUUUGAUAGGUCGCGAAAAUACAAUGUGCUAUAGAAGUUUUCAGUCGAAUACUAUCAUUUAAGUGCGGAUGUGAUGAACAUUGUGCAAUUUUAACGAUUGUUAGCAAAAAUCUAUUGAUGCGUGUUCAGUUGAGUUUUGAGAAAUGAUCUCAUGGUAAUCGAAAUAGAACAAAAGUAUUUAAUUACGAUAAAGUACUGAGCAAAGUUUUCCAUUUUUGUGGAAAACUAGUAUGAAACGAAUUACUCCAGCCAAUAUCGGUAGUAAAGAAUUAGGAGAUUCCAUAAUCGUAGUGCGACAGAUUAUUUCAAAUUGAGAUAAUUUUUAAAAAACAAUAAAGUUGCUUGCCUUAUUUUUUGCUGUACCUAAUAAAACGCAGGAAACAAAGUAAAAGAGAUAUGAAUCAUUGAAAGAGCUAACACUUAGCUAUAGCUAAAACUGUCUACAAGCCGUAAAACGUCCAAAUCCUAUGGCUAGAUCCCUACACUAUACAAUAGAAUGCAACUGAGAUUUUGUCCCUAAGAAACUCAAUAAAUUGCGUAUAAAGCUAAUUAGCGACAAUCAAAUGUACUAGAUACAAAGCGCAAGAUAAGAUACCUAUUUCGUACACGUCCACUAUCGCCAGCAUAAGAGUUUACGGUUAAAUUCAGUGUUGUACAUAUCAUACAGUGGUCAGAUUUGGAAACAUGAUAUCUUGUGAAAGCAUGACAACAUUCUCGAUCUGAACUUUAUUAGUUCCUAAUAUUGACGUAUUGCGUCAGAUAUUAGUAUAUUGGAAAUUUCCCACUUAUGUAGAUUUUUUUUAUAUUUUCACACUUAUUUGGGCAAUAGAAAAGUGCUGAACUUCGGGAAAAGUCUUCAACAUUUUCAGCCCAUUUCGUUUCUUAUGAUUAAUUAAUUAAUUAAUCUAAAAAUUAGUUACAACGUGGUACAAAGAAAACCGCUUUAUGAAUUUCCGUUAUUCUCGUAUAUGCCAUAAGGAGUUUUACGGGGGGAUAAGAAUUCUGCUCUCACACUCUUCUAGCAUUUCAGAAUUACCGCCUUUAACCCUCCGGCACUCGCGCUGUUGUAUUUUGUGCAACACCUUCUGAAACUCUAGCGAAAUCGUCUUUCAGCACCAGCGGCUGCUCAUUCGGGGAGCCAUUCGCGCGAGUGCUGGAGGGUUAACGUUCGUGCCUAACGGCCGUAAAAAGUAGGAAGUAACGAGGUUUUUGUGUGUCUGAAGAUUUCGGGAUUGUAGACGAUUGCGCAAAGCGCAAAAGUCCUAUUCGAAACUGAAAUCCGACUUUUUUCAAUUCAUUUAUUUGGCACGACUCAAGGCGUUAGCUUCACGGAGCCGUGGGUCUUUACAUAAUGUAAAAAAUAAAAAUAAUGAACGCUUAACACUACGAGUCUAUCCGAUCCCGUACGCGCUACUUGCCAUUGCGCGGGUAGAUCCGUUUUCGUAUUGGGGAAAUAUUUGCAUCCAAGUCAACUAUAUCAUGGGAGUCAUUCCUAUCUCUGUCGUCGUCGCACAUGUCCGGGUCAUCAUCGGGGUUACUGCCUUGAUGUUUGCGAUCAGGUGUUCUUCCUAGCUUCUUUCCCUUUCAGGUCACGAGCGUGAACCCUCCGUCAUUGCUAGUAGCUCCCUCAUUGCUGGUGUUAAUUGUUGAGUUUGUGGUACUUAACGCGGCUUUCGCAGUUGUCAUUAUUGCUUGAACAGCAGCCACAAAUUUGGAAACCAUUUGUGGCUCAGGAAAUGGUAUUGGAGACUGAGUGUUGGCAUUUCUUUCUGUAGAUGAGCUUUUCUUAGCGGAUUCUGGGCAGGGUUGUCCGUAAUGUGCCGUUUGUACACAGAACUGGCACGUGUUAGUUUGUCCUUGAUAUGUACAAAGAGUUCGCUAUGUAAUGGUAUCACCACCUUCUGUUUUGUACUGCGGGGUAAGGUAGGAGGGAAUGGGUUGAUCUACCCGCAUUCUCACCACAAAAACACCAUUUGAAAUACCUGGAAAGUAGUUCCACCACGUGUCCUCCGUAAUGGAUUUCACUUCUCCGAAAUACGACAAAUCUUUUAAUGGCCACUAUGCAAGUACGUGGUGCCAAAUCAUGUAAUCUGACUUCCACGUUUCCGUUAUCCAUAUACAUAGGGAUCUUGAUUUUAGCGGUGUCAUCCAGCACGUGUUGUUUUGCGAAAUGAAUCUUUUCGCCUGGGUGAAUUUGUUGAACGUUAUCAGCGCCGCGUGCCUGACGUGCUCCAACUGAAUGAAACUGACUUUCGAAAACCGAAGUUGCAUUUUCACCUUUUACAAAUGUUCCACAUCACCAAUACUCGGUCUUAUGCGGAAAGACUGGAAUUCAAUGGCUACCGUAUUAGCCCGAAGAAUCAUAUUUUGUUGUUGAGGCGCAGUCAUCUCGAUAGAUCACCACACAAGAAUAAUAGUAACGGUUCCCUUUGUUCUUCAGACAAUGCACACAAGAAAAAAGCAACUGUUUGCGCUGGUUUGGGUAGCAGCAGAGAGCACACUGGUAUUGUGACUGAUGCCUUUGGUGGUUGAGAAUAGGCUGAAAUACGACUUUUCUUUCUCAAGGUUAACUAGUGUUCUAUGAUAUAUGAACUCGUCGAAAACUUCGUUGAUUGCUCUGCUGCAAUGUACACCGAUGGAACAUUUUUAAAACGGUAAUUAACAUCGGGCGAAUGUUGAAUAUAUCAUAUCGCUGAUGGACUUUAUCAACCGUUUCUUUAUUUGCAUGACUAAACAUGCGAUGGUAGUGAUCCAAGAUCAGAAAAGUGAUCCCAUGCCUUUUGGAAAGCAGAGCAGGGAACCGCGCAUCGAAAGAUGUGUAUCCAACGUUGACAGUUCUGCUAAGAACGCGGAGAACUCCAAACGUGUCAGCGAACGGACAUCUAUUGUAAAUUGGGCAAGAUUUAUCAAUACUCAUUAGUAAAUCAGCGGAAAUGUUACUUCGUCGGAAACGCAUUCGGACUGGACGACUCGCCACAGAUGCUGCUCGACUUUUCGUAAUCACUUCGAUCCAAAGGAAAAUCAAUCGUUAGGACCUGUCGCAGCAAGUACGUUAGCUAAGGGCUUUAAUCGUCUGUAUCGGUUGACCAUUUGCUUUCAGUUUACAGUUUCAAAUGAAGCAAUAUGCGAAAGCAAUCGCAUGAGUUUCAGGGAUCUUCGUAUGAUGGAGUAAAUACCGCAAAUAUCAUACGCGUUUAGGUUUAGUCACAUCCAGCUCACUUGCUUUAUGUGUCCGACCCUUUCGUCGAGUAUUCUCGAAUUUGCUGGAAAACGCUUUCGCGCAAUUCUGGAUCAUUUGCUAGCUUAACUUCUAGACCUUUUAAUCUGCGCAAUGUCAUGAUCCAGCCUGCCUGGAAACUUAACGUCAUCACGCAUCCAAAUAAGUCCAGUUUCGAACUUGUUACCUGUUACGUCAUGUUGUUUGCCUCGUUUGCCUUCUCUCGAGCUUGGAUGUUGUUCGCUGAUUCUGGAAGCGGGAAGAUGCACGCCACGAUUUCUUCUAGCAGGUAUUUCUGUCGCAUUAGCUCAUUAGGUUCGUCGUCAACCCUUUUUAUAUCAGCCGUAAACGGCCCAACCGACUGUACUCCGAAAUGCUACAGGGCUGACCAACGCGAGUUUCGAGUGGCGCAAACAGUUCUAGGUUCUGUAACCCAAUAGGUGCUUUCAGUUCUGCAUGAACGUAAAAAAAGAUUUUCGUCUCCGCCAGUGCUACUAUGAGCAUCAAUGUGCCUUUUUGAGCUUGCUUUCCUUUCUCUUGCUAGGGUUUUUCCUCGCACUGAUCACCUCGCUUGCGUUCACGACCAAAAUGUACAUGAAACCCGCGAAUCCCUUAAGCGUUGGCUCUGUAUACGCUUGCUGAAAUCCGGCAUCUUACAACGAAAUCUUCCAUCAAUGAAAAAUUUGCCAAACUCAGAGUUUUGCCGCUGCUAAAUUGUCGCACAACUGGAGCACGGCUGUACCAAAGUCACUCAGCGCUUCCAGGUCUUUUGGAUCCGGUGCGUCUAACCUGCUAAUCUUUUCCAGGGGGCCCUUCACAAUCGUUUGUGGCCGACCGUAGAAACGCCUCAGGUUUUCUAUAAUUGACGGUACGCAUUCGAGGAACAUUAAUUUCGUAGCGAUUCUUAUUCUGGCUUUUUCUUGAAGGCAUCCUCGUAGGCGAAUAAUGUUGUCUACACUUGUAAGGCCGCAUGCUUUGUUCGCCAACUCAAAACUGCUCUUUCUUGCGGCGAUCUGACUUGCAGUGAGAACAAGCUUGGUUUCUACUGUUAAUAAAAGUUGCGUGGGUUUGGGCGCGGUAGUACUGAGCUUCGUGGGAGAAUUUCGUUCAAUAGCUCGUUUCCCUCUGCUUAAGAAUCGUUUCUAGCGUCGCAGUAUUGGUUUGCGCCUGAAAGGCGUUUUUAGUGUCGAUUCGAUAGUGCCUCAUGAUCUGUAGCCGAUUCCUCUUGGACCAACAGAAGUCCUUUCUUUAGCCGUUCGCGUUGGUCCUUCAGCCACUCUUGCGCCAACUAUGAACCGUACAACGAGCUACCUUCGCCCGAAAUUGCCGUUUUUUCAGCUCCGAGCCGGUUCUUCACGUACUACUCUUUCAGCUCUAUUUUUUGUUUUCAGACAGACAGAUUUUUCAAAGGGGUUUUCGGUCGGGCAAUAUACGGCUUGUAUUGCUUUUUACAUCCCUAGCGAACGUAGGUUUCGGUUUGGUAGACUUCUGUCCACCCUUUUUCUUCGGAUGAAGUUGAAGACCCGUUAUUGCUGGGAUAGUAGAAGAGUUUGAACAGUACCAAGGGUGGUUCGAUUAUCCGGCGCACAUUGGGUGGUACCAAACAAGGUCAUCGUCGCAGUGUACCAUACCCGUGUCGGCUGAGUUUGGUUCGGUACACCCAGCGCAAGAGCAGCAACCGUUUGUGUUAAGGUUCAACUGAGAAAUCUUUGAAAAACCUCCAUCUUGGAAAACGAAAAGAGUAGUUUUUUCUCAAACCGUUGGAAAAAAAAACUUCAUGAAAAUGAAUCAGUAAUACUCUACCAACGCUACGGAUACAUUUAAUAAUUGAAUACUUUACGAUGACGUCACAAAUGAACUGAGUGUUCAUUUUUGAUAGAUCGCUAGUACUGUUUACAUGGACUUAGAAAAAUUCUUUGCGAUUUUCUUCGAGCGAAUCUAGUCGUCCACAAAUUUUUCUAAGUCCAUAUAAACAGUACAAGCGAACUGUCAAGAAAAGUGAGGUUAAUGGCGUUUUCGUUUUUUCUUGAUGCUACACCGGUGUAGUGCAAAGAAAGAGAUAGACUGAUUAAACCCAAGUUUGACCGAGUGUAGCACCGACUACACCGGUGUAGUGCACUGUCAAAAACGAAUAUGCCAUAAGUGUGUCACGAUAAGUGUCUAGAACGCAUCAACGCUUGCCUUGAUCUUCAAUACGCGAAUACAGUGAUUUGCUGUUGUUUGCCGAGGACUAUAGAGCACAUUUUACGAGCCUCGUCUUUUAGCAUCUAUUGCUCGUGACUACACCAAUGCUCUCGACAUAAACCAUAUUUUAUUAUUUAGGGAUGGAAGAAUGUGUUAAAGAUUAUCAUGGAAAUUUGUUCGAAAUUUGACGUCAGCGAGUAGGCAAUAGUUUGUCAAAGUUUGUCUACGUAUUUUUCUGUCAAUUGAAAGUAUUAUACCUAGUAUUGGCUAUUCAAGCAACUAUCUGCAAAUUUCGGCUUCAAAAGCCUCCUAAUUCUAUUAAGCGCAAAGCAAGCUAAUUCAUAAAAUCAAUGGAAGUGUUCGAAAUAGGAAGUCCAUCGAAAAAGAAAUUUUUUAUCUCGACUUCAUUUUAUGUUCGGCCUGGUAGAGACAGAAGGCGAAAAACGAUCCUGCGUCAGGGAGAAAACGCAAUUAUUAUCAGAAGAAGAAAAAACGAAUAACAUUUGUAAAUAGUUCCAUUUAAACCUAAUUCCCCAAUUAUAAGCAAAUUGACAAAAACGCAAUUACAGAAACUUUUAUGAUAGAUUGAAUAAGUAUUGUUUUGUAUUGGAGAAUGAAAUAUGCUGGACCGUCAGCACGAACGAGGAUGUGUAAUUAUUGUUGAAAUCAGGUUAGAAGUGACUAGACAUCAUAUAUGGCUACAACAUUGUGAGCGUUUCAGGAUAAUUAUAUUGAAAUGUGAAAUGGUUUGAAAUGUAGGAAUGUCCUAAUGGAAAUCUCCAGAUAGAAAUAAAAAUCUUCUUUC